UGUUACAACCUCGAAGAAGAAUGGAUAACACUGCAACGUAUGCUACGGCAAUUUUAUUGAUUGCAUUUAUUAGUUGUAAUAUUUGUACAGUAAAUUCUUUAAAAGAUGACAUAGAACAUGGAGCUCGUGUAAAAAGACAACAAAAUGGCGACGAUGUCACCACUGUUUUAUUGGUGGACAACAAUGGGCAACAUGGGCAUGGAAGAUAUAUCAAUUUAAAACCGACGAUUGGCCUACUGACAUCGACUGCACGGACGUUUAUACAAGAAGGUGUUACGACUGAGUACGCAACACAAGUACUUGGAACAACACUUGACAAUGGACGUUUAUACGCACAAUUUUUAACAAAAAGUUCACGUGUAAUUUAUGACCAUAAUGAUACACCAGCGACUAAAGCUAGUUACCAAUUAAAAGAACAACAAAAUCCGAAAUGGAAUUUUGACAAUAACUUAGUAUUACCAGAAAAUGUAAAUAUUAUUAAAAACACAGACUAUAUUACACCAAAUAAGGCUGACGCAUAUUUAGUAUUCCCUACUACACGACAAUCACCUUCCCCCUCACCCUAUAAACUCAAUUACCAAAAGUUUGCUUCUUAUGAUCCACAUGCAGCAGUUGUUACCGCAUCGCCAUGGGCUUGGACAACAAGUGCAGAAGAUGAAGAUACUACGAAUCCAACAACAGAAUUACCAGAACAAUUACCAACGCCAAGAGCACAAGUUCAACAAAAUGAUGGUGAAAGUGAUGAAAUUAUUGUACGUCAAGAGAGCAAAACCACCUUCAAUACCAAUAAUGUGAAAACUUUCAAAGCAAAUCCAGCAGCAAUUAAUUUAGAAAAUUAUUAUAAGCUGAAAGAAAGUCAAGAAAAUGAUAUUCAAACGGGUGCUACAUCAGAUACACGUCCGCGACAACCAAAACAAUUAAUCACUCCUUCAAAAGUUCGACCGCAAGGUCAAUUACCCACAUUCACAAUUAAAAAUGAAUUUUCACCAAGUGGUUUUGAUUACCAAGAAGAUCGUGACCGUCGUGCUGGAUCUUCCAAUAAAAAUAAACAAUCUGAUAAAGAAACACCAGCAGAUCGUAAGGCCAAAUUAUUAUUCCGCGGUGGUGUUAAACAAGAUUUAAAAGAUUUAGAAACAGUCACAUAUUAUGGUUUUGCUGAUUUUACGACGAUCGUUGGAGAUACUGUGAUUGUAUUUUCUCCAAGUACAACUCAAGAUACAAAGUUACAAGGUUCAGGUCAAAUAACUUCCAUUAGUGGUGAAGCUACACUUUCUGAUCAAAAUGUGGCAACUACAGUUAAAACAUUCUAUUCACAUGAACCAGGAAUGGUUACGAAAACUGUUACUGGUCAUAAAUUUAAUAUGCACACAAGUUUACCAACAAUGGUGAUUGACGCAUCAAAUCGUCAACGCGAUGGUAAAAGUCAAGAUUUUGAUGAUGUAACAACACCCAGCGAAAUUGAUGAAGCCGCUAAAUCUUCAGUAUUAGCACAAGAACAAGACAUUAAUAAGGAAUACGACGAUAUAAUUAUUCAAUCAACACCAGAAUUCACAGAAUCUGAUAUCGCUACUAUAUCAAGUAGUCAAUCGACUGAAACAUUACCCUCAGCUGAAGUAAUUCAACCAUCUGAAGUAUUAAGUCCAACAUUAGAUGUGACUCAAAUGUUAUCAAAACCAUCAGAUGAGGAUAUUGCACGAAUUGUUGCAUCAUUAGCAGCAAAUGCUCAAAAACAAAAGACAGAACCCUUAGUUGAAGGGUCUGCGACAACUAUAUUCGAUAGUGUUGUUGAAGAUGACCAAUACUCGGUUGCAAUUUUGAAAACUGACUCUGAAACACAUGUGCUUGGUGGUGCUACAACAAUUUUCUUCGAAGAUGAUCCGUUCUUAGCCACUGAUUUCUUUAACAUUAAGAGUACAAGCCCUGUUGAAGCUACUACACAAAGUACAGCUGCAAUUACUACAACUGAGGAUCAAAACAACGCAGAAACUACAACUACGAGUAAAGCUGAAAACUCACCAACAACUAUUGACGAUCAAAAUAAACCUGUAGAAACAACUACAUCAAGUGAAAAAUCAACAGAAAAAGAAUUGUCAUCAGUGGUUACCACAGAAUCAAACGAAAAUUCUUUGACAACAACUUCUAAAGCUGUAGAAAAAGAAGAUGAAGAUGAAAAUAAUGAAGUAGACUUUUCAAAACAAAAUGAAGAUGACCAGCCAGUUAAAUGUACACCAACAAAUUUAGUUGAAACAUCAACAUUGUACAAAACUUACACUUAUUUAACUACAUUCUUUAUUCCUGUCGACGAUGACAUUACAACUACAUCAAUAAAAUCACAUGAAGUAACGUCGACUGAAAUAGAUUAUAACACGAUAAUACCAACAUACUGUGAAUCAAUUGUUCCGACUUCGACUAGUUCAACACCAGAUAUUGAAAGCACUGUUGAUGUAAAUACAUUGACAACAACAAGCGCACAACAAGAUUCGGAAACAACAGAAUCCGUAACAACGACUGUUAAAGCAUCGUCAGAACAACCAACAACUGUAGAUAAUACAAAAGAAUCGAUUCAAACAACCACUGAAGAACAAAAGCCAACGACAAUCGAUGAUAACAAUGAUAAAAUAACAACGUUGAGUGAUGAAUCAAUUAUAAAUACAACACCAAUUGAAGUUAUUACGACAGAAUCAUCAACUGAUGACAGUCAUGAUGAAACAACAACAGAAAAUCAUGAAGAUGGUGUUGAUUAUAUCUAUAAAACAUUAUACACUACAUACAAUUAUUUAACGACAUUUUAUCUCGAAUCAACAACGAGCAUUUCGAGUCGGAAAGUAAUUAUAACAAAUGUAAUUACAUCCACCAUAAAUCCAUCAAAAUCAUUACAAAUCGAAGAGGCAACAGAUCCAGCUGUUGCUGGACUAUUUGCUCGAGAUGAUAGUAUUGUAGGUAAUUUAGAUGAGGAUCAUAAUAGUGUGUUGUAUUCAAAACCAGCUGUUAGUUUUGAUGAUUUACCGGAAAUUGCACCGACAAGUGUUGGUAUUGGACGUCCAACAACUUCAGCAAGCUUUGAAAAUACUAGUGAUGAUGAUAUUUUGAGUGAGCCGACCGAAGAUAAUUUAUUACAAGCAACACCAGCUUUGAAUGGAAUAAAAACGUAUUAUACAACUUAUACAUAUUUCACGACAAUCUUUGUUGAUGGUGAGACUGAAAUAUCAAGCCGAACAGCUGUGUACACUAAUUAUGUUACUCCAACACAACAAGAAAAUGUUAGUGCAACUUCUAUAUCAAAUUUAACAACACCUGAAGAAGAUGAUAACGAAGAUGAGCAAGAAAUUGAAUCAACUGUUGAAACAAACGUUGAUGACUUAGAAUUAACUGAUUCGAGCCGAGAAAAAAUUAUGAAUUUAAAUUUAGACGUUUAUAACAAAUAUAACAGUACAAUUGUCCGAAAUAAUAACAAACAAUUAACAAUUGAACCGACAACGGUUACUGAAACAACCAACGAAUUCGAAAAAACGAAUGAUAAUGCAGAGAAAAAUUAUAGUACCAUGUUACGAUCAAAAGAACCAAAUACUUCGGAGGAAGAACAAGAUGAAGAUGAUAUAUUAAUCGAAACACAUUCAAGCAGUUCUUCAAGUUCAACAUCCAGUUCACAACGCAUUACCGAUAAAUUGUUCGAUAACGUAGAAAAACGUAAUAUAUUAGAAGAUCAAAUUAGUUCAGAAUCAAAUAAUAACGAUUCAGAAUUAAUGCCUUCGCCUACGUUACUAUUACAGACUAGUUAUACAACAUUCACAUAUUUUACGACUAUGUAUUUGGGUACAACAUCCUCAAAUGUUGUCAGUAGAUUAGAAACAGUGACAAAUAUUGUGACGGAAACAAUUCAACCAUCACAGAUCACUGACGAUUCAGCAACAAUUGACCCAUCCGCUGCACAAUUACCAAUUACAUAUUUUACGACUUUCACAUAUUGGACAACAUUAUUUAAAGAUGGUGUUACGACAACUACAAGUCGAGAACAAACUGUUUCGAGUAUUUAUACACCAACUGCCACAUUGCCUGCUAUUGAAAUCGAAGCAACUCAAGUUGAGAAACAAGAACUAGAAACAUUCAGAGUUGGUAGUAAAGAGGAGGAAAAAGAAAUUAAUCCAACUACAACUGCUACUGACGACUUGACAACUAUUUAUACAACUUACACAUUUUACACAACAUCCUAUAUUGAUGAUGAAACGAUAAUUAAUAGUCGUUUGGAAACAGUGACAAGUAUACAAUCGUCACAAAUUGAACCUUCUUCGACUGUAGAAAUAGAAGCUACGCCCACUGUAGUAGUGACUAACGAAGAUAAUUCAUUGUUACCAACUGGCCUGAUUUCUACUAUAAUUUCAACAAAUAUUGAAGAUGACAAAACAAUCUUAUACUCAACUGAUGUAUAUGGAACUUAUAUAAACGGUUUAUAUGCCAAAAUUUUAGAAAGUACUACUAAAACUUUUGAUCCAGAAUCAUCCACAUCUUCAACGACAAGCACCAAUAGUGUGAUUGCACCAAGUAGUACAGCGAUUUCAAGUCAACAACUAAAACCAACAGGAAUAGUAAGCAUAAAUCAAGGAAAAAUAAUUGAUGCGGAAGGAAUAAGUACAUUAUUUUUCACAACUAAAGCUAUUGGCACAUAUGUUGAUAACUUAUAUGCCCAAGUUGUACAAAGUACAUCUUCUCUAAGUGUUGAUGAGGUUAAAAAAUCACAAUUACCAGUUGAACAACAAUUACCUCAACAAAAACGUACUGGUUUAGUACGACUAAUUGAUGGUACAAUCGUACAAAACCACACAACUACUUUAUACCAAUCAAAAGUUUUAGGAACCAUCAUUGAUGGUCGAUAUGCACAAAUUAUUGAAAGUACAUCCAGUUUUAUAAUCGAAAAAACAACAGCACCAUCAACAAUAUCACCAAGUGCAACUUUAAAUGCUGCCAACGAAAUUAAAGCCACUGCUUCGCCGACAAGUAAUCUAAUUACACCGUCGCCAGUAACAAUUGAAAGUUCUUUAAGUGAUGAUAUUGUCGGUAAAAAUGACGAUGAAAAUCGUACUGAUCAAGAUGAUGAUGAACAAGGACGGAAAAAGUCAAGACUGACAUUCUCAACACGUAAACGUACAUUUACACCUGUAAUACGACCAUUUGCAAUAAGAAAUCGGCCAACAUUUGCACCAAAACGAAAGAAUAUUGGUCCAAGCAGUGCACAAACAAUAACACGAUCAGACUUCACUCCCACAAUCACGGCAACCCCAGCAAUUAAAACUGAAACCACACGUGGCCGAUUUAGUGGUACUGGAGGAAGACGAAAUAAUCAAAUAAUUGCUCCUUCAUCACAACAAAAUGCCAUUUCACCAUCAAGUAAUCGUAAAUUCUCUAGACAACGUGGCGGAGCAACAUCAGCUACUUUCCAAGCCAGUUCUUCUAGCUUUUCUGGACGUAGAUCGUCAUCAAGAGUUCAACCAACAGCAACAGGAGGAUAUGGUUCUAGCUCCAGACGUGGUGGAUUUAGAACUAGCAUUGCAGUAUCAUCACCAGUGAGAUCUAGUGCCAGCAAUAUUUUUGCAAGUAGUUCAAGAUUCCGUGUACGACCUACACAAGUUUUGUCAUCAUCAUUAUAUCGAGGUGCAAGUUCUAGAUCUUACACAACUCCAUCCACAGAUACAACAGAUCAAGAAAAUGAUCUAACAACAAUUGUAACAGAUGAUCCAACUUCAUCAUUUGCUGAUGAUGAAUAUGAAACGACUUUGGCUUUAACUAGUACCACAGAAUCGCAACGUAGACAGAAUCCACUACUACGAUUCAGAAGGCCUUUAAAUCGACCAGGAAUUUCACCAGUUGCAUCAACACCUCGAACGGGAACUACAUCACGAAGAAAUACGAGAAGAACAACUACUACAACAACAACGACUACAACUUUGAAACCAAAAGGCAGACCUUUCCGACCACCACCAUCAAUUGCUCCACAAAAUAGAGCACGACCAUCCAAUAGUUUAUUCCCACGUCGAGAGUUAUUCAAACCACGUACAUCCACAACAGAAGAACCAAAAGCAGAAGAAAUUCAAGAUGGAGAUGAAGAAUUUGAAGAUGAAGAAGGCUUUGAUGAUGGUGAUAACGAAUACGAAGGAUCACAAAAGGAUACACAAACUGAAGUUGCCCCAGUUACUAUUAAUCGGCAAACUGGCAAAGUAUACAACGCUGUUCAAGUUCGUCCAUUUAUUCGACGUCGUGUAAAACGGCAAAUUGACUAUGGUAGCAGAAGCACACCAGCAAGAUUCCGACGACCAAACGGUGCUCGCGCUAUUUCCACACCAAUUUAUGAAGAAAUAUAUGAAUCAUCAGAAUUAACUACACCGUCACCACCUUCAAUAAGAACAACAGCUCGUCGAUUUUCAGGCCGAACUCGAAAUAAUCCAACAGUGCAUCCCCCAACAACUCUACACACGCCAUUUAAUAAUCAAAGGCCAAAAAUAUCACCUUCAAGGCCUACACCUAGUACUGCUAGAUCACAGUUUACGUUACGAGAACGGGAUACAACACCUAGAUCAAACUUCAGGCGUGGUGGGCCUACAACUGCAGCCUCAAGGCGUACAACAGGAUCUCCACAAGCAAAUACACGACCAAAACCACCAAGGCUACGUGGAAGCUACGGCAUUACAACUGAAACACCACGCCGAAGUACAGCACGCUCACGUAAUGUAAAUCGUCGUGGUGGAACCACACAACGAACACGUGGUCGUGUUAAUUCUUACGAUGAUUACAGCUAUGUUGCACCUAGUUUUGAUGGUACAAUCACUGUCACACAUCAUAUACCAACAGAAGUAACAAUUCCUGUUGUUAAUGGCAAAAUAACUGAAUAUAAAAAUAUUAUAACAGCAAAAUUAAGUACAGAAAUUUUGGGACCAAAUCAAUAUUUAACAUCUACAGGAUUUGCUGGCAAUCCAAUUUUAGUAUUGACUAGUGAAGCCACAGGAUUGGCUGCAAAUGGAGCAACUGAAAUUACUCAAUUUAUUUUACAUGAAACACCAACGACAAGUGUUACGUUUACACCAACAUAUAUUCGAGGACGUAAAACAUCAUUUUCACACAUAAUACCAAGCACAGUUUACGAUGUUGAGCAGGUUGUAUCAACAAUUACACCACCUUUAGCUGCUCAAGCACCGUUAGCUAAUAUCUUAUUAUCACAAUUAUUAUUGGGUAAUUUAGGUGUACCAAAUCAAAAUCCGUUAUUAGGAUUACAAAAUCCUCUAUUAGGUGCGCAAAACGCCGUGCCACAAACUCCAACUACUGAGUAUAAGACACGUACGACUACAUAUGUAACCACAGUAACAUCGGCAACAUCAACAAUUAUUCCACUAACUUUCCGUGGAAAAGAAAUUUUAACAACAAUUGUUGAUAGUUCUGAAAAUGUGAUUACUGCAACGGAAUUUAUCACCGAUACCGUAGUGGUUACUCCAACAGCGGCUUUACCUAAUGCAAAUAUCAAUAGUUUGUUAUUACCAUUGCUCCAACAACAGUUACAACCACAAACAAAUCCAUUUGGUCAACAACAACAAUUAACUUUAUUGCAGGAUCCAAAUCAGUUUUAUUUACAAGAUUUGGAACAAAAGAAACAAUUAUUAAAUUCUGAUGAGCUACGAGAUAUUCGGGAACUUGAUAAACUUAAAGAUCAAGAUGUCAUAGAAGAUGAUGAAAAUUUAAACGAUAAUUUAUAUGAUUUACCACCAACACAAGCUCCAGCCCGCCGAAAACCACCAAGCUCACGUACAAAACCAACCACCAGCAAACCUAAACCAGCUCCUGUACGCCAAUCAAGUGUGGUUACAAUUUAUGUCUCUGGUCGAAGACCUGGAGAAUUUAGUACCUCAUUAUCAACUGUCUAUUCUGAUGAAGAAUAUGCAACAAGUACCUUACGUAAGCGUGAAAUAGAUCAUCAUCAUACAAUUCAAGUAGAACCUUCAAGAUUACCAACGAAAUUUGAAAGCAAACAAAUUGCUGAUGAUUUAGAAAAAAUUUUAUUAUCAGGUGGAUUCAAUGAUAUCGUACAUAGUAGCGAAGAAAUGAAUUCUGGUGCUACAGAAAGUUUAGAAAGCGUUGUAGGUGAUUUAACCAAAUAUUAUAAUUUAAACACACAAACUGUUGAAACAUUAACAAAUCAUUUAAAUAGUCAAUCAUCGUCUUCCGAUCGAAUGCAAUCAACUUUAACAGAAGAUCCGCAUAUAGAAUUCACGCCAAAGGUCGAAACAAUACAACGGGGUGACAUUAAUUUUAAUUUAACUAAUUUUAAUUGUAAUUAUAAUUUAAACAAUGUUUCGAUGAAUUCAUUUACAAAAUUUGGCACUUCACAAAAAUUACGUUUAAAACGAGAUGUAAGUGACGCAAUUGGACGAAAUGUUCGAAUUGUUAAAAAACUUGUAGCAAAACGAAAAUUAGAAACUAGUGAAAUAACACCAACAAAAAGUCGACGAGUUGUUGUACGUACACAUCGUCGAAAAUUGGGGAAAAGUUUGCAAUUCCCUGAAGAAACAAAUUUAAUUUCUAGUACACAACAGCAUCGUCGUAAAGUAAUUGUGACACGUAAACGAUUAUUAAUUCAACCAACAGAAACUUUAGAAAGUAUUGUAGCCACCACAUCUGAUCCAACGCCCUCUGAACUUGAUUUGGAAAUUGAAGUACCCCCAGAAUUAUAUUUACAAAAUACCGAUGAACAAGUGAUUAAUAAAACAAAAAUUUUCGCAUCCAAUAAUUUAGUGAAAUUCACUACAUAUAUUGAACCAAAUAUAUCACUAGAUCCAUCAUUAAUUUUACCAAUACCUACCGCAAUAGAUAGAGCUGCCGAAGAAGAUAUUCCUUCAUUUACAACUCUCAGCGAACCAAAUACAUCACUAGAGCCAUCAUUAACAUUACCUAGUGAAGAAGAAACAACGGCUGAAGAAGAAGACCCUUCAUUACAAACAGUUAUACACAUAACUCAUGAUCCUGUAACUAUAUUCCCUAGUGAUGAAUACACUGAACUAUCUUCUCCCACUCCUAGUUCUUCAGUCCUUCCCUUAUUAAGUACCAGUCUUAUUUAUGAAACCAAAGAAUUAUUAUUUACAAAAUUACGAACGUAUACAUUUGUUGUGACUCGUGUGAAUGGAGACGAACAAAUUGUAACAUCAACAACGUCAAUUAAACCACAAAUUAAGACAACAGCAAUUACAAAUACUUUGACGACAAUAUUAACGAUUUUACCAACCGAGACUACUGUUAGCGAACGAAUAAUGACGACUGUAACGAACAUUUCGCCAUCGUUGAUUAUUGAUACAAAAAAUAUAAAUAAUAUUAACAAAAAUAAUACUAAUUUAACAACUAUUGUAUAUUCUUCCGAUUUCGAUGCGCUAAAUACGUCUACAGCAAUUAUCAAUGAACAACAAUCAAAAGUCGAAGCGGACGAAGAAGACAUAGAAGCCCGAGGAUAUAAUUUAGCCACACGAAUUAUGAGUAAUGGUGUUGAAGUAAUUGUUGCUGGUGAUAAGAGCACGAUUCCUGGUGAUCCAAACUAUCGAAGGGUAUUAAAAAAUACUCAAUUUAAACCCGUCACACUUGCACCGUCUACUUUACGAGAUCAUAUGAUGUUAUUAUCACCACAAGAAGCAACAAAGUAUCCAAAUCAAUUUGUUACGAAGACUUGUAUGACCACAUUUACAUAUUUAACGACAUGGCUACAAGAUGGUACCACAACAGUUAGUAGUCAUGAACAAGUAAUUUCAAAUAUAGCAACCGAAGAACGAAACACAGCGCAUGCACAUAUUGCACCCACAUCAACUGCUGGAAUUACUCUAACCCAGAAUCCAAACUUGGCAACAGGAGUUUUCCAUACAACGUACACAUAUUUAAAUACGAUGCAUGAUGGUGAUCAGCCGUUAGUAGUAACAUCCAAGCACACUGUUGCAAAUACAGUAACUGCUCCAGACGACUAUCUGUCUUUAUUACAACCGUCUGAAACCGCAACACCUGUACACGAUACCAAUACAUAUUACAGCACAGUUUCUUUAACAAAAACAUUAAUUGAGGGUACAAAAAGUGAAAUAAUCAGUACAGAAGAUGUGAUUACACAAGUGGUAAUUACAGAAUCAAUUCCACCAAAAGCUACAUCAGUAAUGACAUCCUACAUUGCCUUGGAUGUGGAAGAUAUUGCACCCACAGCUACCAAAGAAUACUCGACAACUGAUGUAGUAAAAACAUAUUUUGUAACGUAUACGUAUUAUAAUACAUUUAUGGAGGAUGGUAGCACUGUCGUUAAAACAAAUGUUUCAACAUCAAGCGAUAUCGUAACUGAAAAACUAUAUUUGUAUCCAAAGCGAACACAAUCAACAACUUCUGGUAGCGCUGUUAUUAAAACAAACCCUGUAAAAUCAUCAGCGUCGUUAUCAACGCGUAAUACUGGCGAACCUUUGGAAAUAUUUGCAACCAAAACAUAUUUAACAACUUUCACUUAUUUUACAACUUUGUUACAAGAGAAUGGUGCCAAAGAUUCAACAACAACGAUUAUUAGUUCUCGAACUCGAGUAGUUGAAAAUGUAAUCACUGAAUCAAUUGCAACAAAUUUAUUUAAAUCUGAUUACAUUGAUUCACUACGAACAUCAGUAAAGAAUGCUGGUAAUGAAGUUGUACAAUAUGCCACUAUGUUAGGUGGAGAAGAAUUAGAAAUUACUGCAGUAGAUCAUAAACAAGAACAUACGAAAAUAGCUCCCACAGCAACUAGUUCUUCAGCAUCAAUUGUUGCAACGUCAUCACAUACUGCAAAACCGAUCACAAAAUCAACGACAAAACCUUCUAAAUCUACAACAAAACCGAAAAUUGAGCCAACAAUUUUAGAACCAUCAACUCCAUCUGUUAUAACAGGGUCUACAAUUAUAUUUUUUGAUGAAGAUGAUCAAAUCGAUCAAUCUACCACUAUUCAAUCCAAACAAACAUCGUCGCCUACACCACCUCUAAAUUUUAAACCAACAAAAUCAGCCAUUGUAGAAAGUAGCUCCAGAAUAAAAACAAAAAAUAAUUCAAAAACAAAAAUUAAUAAAUCAACUACACACAAACUUGAACAAACCAAAACCCAGUCGGUAAACUCUAAUACCAAAGCGCAACCUCAAAAUUAUACUACUUCAAUUUUAUCUUCAAAAACAGUGACAAAAAAUGGGGCCACAUUAAUGCCUGGUGAUCAAGUAAUUGUGGUCAAUCGUAAAAAUGGAACGAAAACUAUUAUACCAGUAUCAGAUCCUUCAUUGAAAAAGCCAGCAAAUAAAAAUGAAGUUGUUCAAGACUUGUUGAGUUUAGGAUCAUUAGGAAUCAAUAGUUUAACUGCAUUACGUCCAGUUUUCAGUGCUAUUGGUGGUAUGAUUAAAAAUAACCUAAAUUCGAAUCGCCGUAAUGAUACAUCAGUAUUAACGAAUAAUACAACAUUGAAACCCCAAUAUGCCGAUGUGAUGAGCAAAAAGAGUAGCAAAAAGCCACCAGCAACUGCGCUAGAUGCACAAAAUCGUUCUCCAAUCUACAUUCCUGUAGGCAGUAUUGGAGAUGAUGGUUUAGAAGUAGCUGAAAGUCAAAAUAUCGCUUCACAUCUUGCUCUUAAUGGUCAUUUACUACCGGAUCAAAAAGUAAAUCACAAAAAUCAAGUUAUAUUUGGAAAACCAACUUAUGAAAGUCCACUUGUAAAUGGAGGAAUUCCAAUAUCACCUGGUCAGGUUAUCACCGCUAAUUCUGAUGUAAUUGUUGGAAAACCAGCUAUAGUUGGACCUCGUGUACCGUUUUUAGAAAAUAAACCAGAAACACCGAUUGGCAUGCAACCACCACCAAAACUUGCUCAAAAAGAAGUAAUAAAUGAUGUAGAAAAACAUAAGCGUAACCCUGACACAUAUUAUGGCCCGCCACCACCUCUCAAAGAAUCUUCUCGAAGGCCAUUAAUACACAUUGAAAACAGUAAUUAUCAUGACAAUAAACCUUUAUCGCCUCCACCAUUUAAAAAAAUGCAUACACGAAUCAGAGAUUCGCAUGGAUCCCAAAGUAUCCGCUUUCCUAAUAUUCCAAGCAACAGAGAAGAUAAUUUACAUCUUUCACCACCUCCAAUUCCAAAAAUUCCUCCGCCAUCGAGCUAUCAAGAAGUAAAUCAUGCUGGAGUGUCCAUUUCACAUAAACAUCAGCAUGAAAAUUCAGGAAAAGUGGUACAUUAUGGUCCAACUAGAGCUUCUGAAAGCAUUGAAGUUCGUCCAAUAACAAUAGGCGAUCCACAUUUACUCCCUGAAGUUGUAGAACGAGCGACAGGACAACCUCUAUUGGUCAACAUUCAACCAUCACAAGUGGCGAAUGUAAUUAUACCUCCUGGUAGCUCAACAGCUUUAAUUUUUGGCGGAAUAUCUGAGCCUCACAAAAAUGGACAAUACUUUGAUGAUCCCUCGCCAUAUCCUGAACCAGAAACAACAUUUACAGGAAUUAAUCCACCAACUCAUAAGGUAAUGCCUAAACCAUCUGGAGGUGUUAUAAAUGUUGAUUCAAACACUGCAGUCCAUGGUAUCGAUAUAAAUGUUCCACCACUUUCAUUUGGGGUAUCCCCCAAUGAAAAUCCAGUAAAUGUUAUUAAACCAUCCGGAAGCAUUAUAAGUGUUGAUUCACACGUAAACCAUCAUGAUAUCAGUGUAAAUGUACCACCUAUAUCAUUCGGUACGGUCAUAAACGAAGAUAUCCAUACUGCUUCGAAUACACAUCACUACGAAGGUGAAUCAAUAAAAAGUCAGGUUAUACACCAUGGAGUUGCAUCCCAUGGAAUCAAAAUAAAUGCACCACCUGUCUCAUUUGGUGUAAGUAACUAUGAUGAUGAACAUCGUCCUAAUCAUGGACCAAUAAAACCAGGUGUAGUGCACAACGACUACGGUCCGCAUGAUCAUGGCAUAACUAUUAACGAACAAAAAGUUUCGUUUGGGGGCCCAAAUCAUGACCUUCCUCCAUAUGGAAUAAAAGUACAUUUACCACAUAUGGACGAGGGGAACAUAAAUAUUAACGUUAGUCCACAACCACUUGGAGGUAUUAAUAGCCACGAACAUGUUGUGCCAAAUGGAAUUGUUUUAGACGCUCCUUUGAACAAUAAUCAAUUUAACACCCGACCUGGAUCUGUGGCGUCUAGACCUAGCAUACCAUUGAAUAAUUAUGAUCAUUCAGUUUCUUUCGUAAAUUCUCAAAGUGACACACCGAAUUCACAAUGGGGAAAACCACAACAAAAGCCUUUAUUACCACCGAAACAACAGAAUACUCCUUCCGAGUUUAUGUCGCCACCGCCAAUUUCACAACCAAAUAAGAAACGACCAGAAGUGUAUCAUUCAACACCAAAACCAAUACCUUUACAUUCAAAUGAGGAUGACUUGCCAUCCGAUGAAAACGUUGAUCAAGGUGAGAGUGUUCAAGAAUCAAAUCAAUAUCCAUUACGGCCAGGACAAUUACCGAUAAAUAAAUAUACAACUUUAAAACCGUUGACCACAAAAGCGGUCCAAAAGAAACCAGCGGAUAACUUUACGAUCAUUAACGAUAUUAUUCAUGCAUUUGAUACUUCAUUAAAUGAUCAAAAAAUUGGACAAGUUUUUAAAAUACCAAUGGCUCAUGAUGACCUCAGCUACAACAUUCCAAAACCACCGAUAUCAAAUGUUUAUAAAAAGCCUCCAACAAGGAAACCAAUAAUUGAGAGACCUACAACACAUCGGUAUAACAAUAAAUACCAUAACGUACAUCCUACUUCAUUACCUGUGGACAAUUCGCAUAAAGUUGGUACUCGUAAACCGCCGGUAACUAACAAUUACGAAAGUAAAGAAAACACUGGAUCUCAAACUGAAAAACCAUUUAACACCGCGUAUACGAAACCUCCAGAUCAUAAACAAGCACAUUAUGCAACUACCACUCCGAGAACAAGCUUACAUUUGGAUAAUUCUCCAUCUUCAAAUAUUCAGAUCAAAUCAAACACCUCAAAUAUUCUAAACAAUUCAAUUGUUCUGCCACAUUCCAAACCAGUAAAUCCUCUUAUAACAUUAUUAAAUAAAGAAAAAUUGGAUUUGAAUUUAGGUGAAAUACCAAAGCCACCGACAAAACCAUCGAAAGCUCCAUCUAAUAUACCAAAUAAACCACAUAAUGGAUCAGAAGAUUCCGAUAUUAUUAUGUCUGACGAUGAAAAAUCUGAAUUAUUUGUUACAAAAGAAUCCACAAAUCCGCACAAUUAUGGAUCCGUACAAAUUAAUCAAACUGUGGAUCCAUCUAGUUUAGAAAAAAUGCAUCCGCCAACGAUUGAAAAUAUAUAUGAUAAAAUGAAAAAUAUGGAUAUGGAUAUGAAACCACCGCCUCCUGUUCAAAACACUCCAACAAUAACUCCAGAAAAGCCUCUAUUAGAUACACAAUCUGUAAUAACUCCAAGUUCAUUCAUACCAAAGCCAUCGGAAGAAAUGAAACCACCUCCAGCAAUUGAGUAUCAUUCACAAUCGUCUAUAAAGAAUGAUGACAUUGUUAUGGGUUUAAAUCCACCGCCCGCUGUAACAGCUCAUACUUUCACCGAAACAACUCCUCAACCAGAAAUUUCUACAUAUCGACCUGUGUUUAACAUCGAUCAUUACAAAAAACGACCCAAUUUAAAUCGAUAUCCACAAUAUUCUACAACAACCAAAGCAACAGAAAUUGUUCAAAAUGUAUCACGUCGACCACAAACGCCAUCUCCACCAAGAGCUACAAAACGACCAGAAAGUUCCACCAAGAAAGCUCCAGUAACACCCGAUCAUUAUCCAAUUACAACGAGGCGUCCAGCCUUUUCAUGGCCGAAACCACGACCACCGGCUCAUAAACCGUAUGUUGUACCGCCAAUUCGACAUCCACAAGGAACGACCGUCGCUAUUACAUUUUCACCAACUUCUAGCCAUGUUACACCCAGUAUGGAUAUCAUUAUUGGCAAACCAGAAGAAUCUAUAAAUCCAACGCAUGUUAAGGAAAUAUUCAUGACAAGUAAAGUCGAACCAUCAAUUCCAACAUGGAAUCCAGAUUCAAUUUUAGAAAGUUCAGAAACUUUACUAACAGUUGACAGCAUGAAUAUAAUCAAAACAUCAUUAAUAAAUGAUGUACAAGAAAAAUCGGUUCCAGUUCUUGUAUCAGAUGGAAUCACUACAAUCUUUGGCAAUUUGUUUACUAAAGAUUCGAAUUCAGAAAUUAUCUCCGGUUCUACAAUCAGAGAUUCAACUCCAAGUUUAGAAACAACAAUGACACACCAUGCCGGUAAUGAAGUAAAAAUUGUAGACGAAAGCAUUCAACCCACGUCUAGUAAUACGCCAAUAAUUUUACCGACAAUAAUUGAGGAAGAUAUAUUACAAUAUCGUAAAGAAACAUCGAAAUCUCUACUGCCGACGAGGUACAUAACACAUACACAAACUUUAACAGUAACCACGACCAAAACUACUGUUGUCAAAAGUUUGGGAGCACCACCAUCCACAUUAACUUUGCUGUUAACAAAGACUCAAACAUCCACAAUUGUGGAUACGGUCACUGAAACAUAUGUUCACACACUUGUUCAACCAACGAGCAUUGUUUCCACAAUAACGACAACUAUAAACCAUCAUAUUCCACAACCUACUAAAUCUUCCACAUAUCCACAAAAACCAGAACCAACUACAUAUCCAUCUGUUCCUGUAGCGACAUCAAUUGAUAAUUCUUCAGGAGAGAUUGUGAUUGAAGGAAUAACAGAUGAAGAAAAUUUGAAUGAUUUUAUCAUCGACGAUAACGAGCCACCACCAAAUGUAUCAAAACCGAAUAUAACAGAAACCUAUAACGACAAUGAAUCUAUAUUUGUUGUAAUGACCGAUAAGAACAAAGGUGGUGUAGUCAAAGUACCUCCACAUGAUGAUAAAAAUGAUAAUAAGAAUCAUAAAGAUGGAAAAAUUGAGCAUGGAUAUGAAACCGAACAACGGGAUGAAAUUGUUGAAGGCAACGAUAUUGAUCAUGUUAUGGUCGGUGGAAUAUUAAUAGCUACACCACCCCGUUUGGAAAUUCCUGAUAUAAAUGGUCGUCUAAAUGAAUGUAAACCCGAUUGUAAACCAUCCAGAAAUGAGUUGUGCCAACGCGUUGAAGGCAUAAUGCGUUGUGUAUGCCGUCCUGGCUUCGCUAGAAUGUUCCCAGAUCGUCCAUGUAAACCAACUUACACUUAUCGAAUGAAAAUAGCUUUGGCACGUCAUGGAAAAGAAAGAUUACGUUACGUAGACAAAUUAAAUAACGAAAAUUCAAACGAAUUUACAAAAUUAGCUCAAGCUACUCAUGACGGACUUGAUCGUAUGGUUAUGCAAAGUGAUUUACGAGAUGUAUAUCAUGGUGUACAUGUGGAUAGUUUCGAACCAACACCUUCUGGCGAAGGUGUAAUUAAUAAAUUUUAUGUUCAGCUAUCCGAUAAUACAGACGAAGGUCGUUUGAUGGAUGUGUUUAAGAAAUACUUACGAAAUAAUAACUACAGUUUAGGUGGUACCGAAGUGUAUGCUGCUAGAGAAUAUGUUGAACAACUUCAAGCUUCUGAUUUCAACGAAUGUAUGAAUCCACAAUUCCAUGAUUGUUCCGAGCAUGCUGAAUGCUUCAAUUUACGUGGAACUUAUACAUGUAGCUGUAAGGAAGGUUUUGCUGAUUUAUCCGAGAAUCCAUUAUAUCCUGGACGAGUAUGCUCUGCGGAAUUGAUUGGUUGUGAGAAAUGUAAUUAUCAUGGAACAUGUUAUAAUCGUGGCGAUGAACAAGUUCUUUGCGAAUGUUUCCAAUGGUAUGCAGGUCAAAAUUGUCACAUAAAUUUGAAAGUUAUGUUAAUUGGUUUGAUUAUAUUGGGUAUAAUUCUCUUCAUUCUGUUGAUUGUAUGCUCAAUUUUAACUUGCGUUCGUCAUCAAUCAAGUGAUAUUCGAGUGAACUCUCAUCGAGGAUCACGUGGAGCUCCGCGUGGGCAAGGUGGCACGUCGUUUUUACCACAAAGAGCGUCUUUAGAUCGUAGAGCUAUGAUUCAAGAUACUAGCAGUGAGGGUAGUCAAAGCGAUGCCAACACUUUACCUUAUGUAGUAAAAAAAAGCAAGAAACAAAAAUCUAGUAACAAGAAACAUGUCUCAGUUGCUGAUUUAGAACAAGGUGAUUCUGGAACGUUAGGUGAACAAAGAGAUCGUUCUUUGACUGUAAUGAUACCUCGAGCUAAAUAUCAUCCGGCUGCACCAAAUUCCCCGUUAAUGACAAUGGGGCAUGGUUAUGAAAAAAGAAAAACUUCGGCUGGUAGUACGGAAGCGAAAUUAUUAUCGUACUUAGAUGCUGGGCCUUCUCCUAAUAGGCAGGAAAAUCCAAGCCGAAAACAUAGUCAAGCUCAAAGUGAAAGAAAAUCAAGUACACACAAAAAUUCCACAGGUGCACUGGUUUCUGCUGGUUUUGAAGUAUCGGCUACUGUUGGUAGCCAAGGAGUGGAAGCAGAUCGUAGUGAAAAUGCAACAUUAAUACAUAAAGCCGACUUAAUUUCAAGUACUGGAACUCGGUCACAAUUUACUACACUAAGAAAGUCAACAAGCCACGAGGAUCUUGUGGAUCCAAUGGCAAAUUGGCUAGUAGAUACAACACCUCGAGUCAUGACCGUAUCAGAGGCAAGAUCGUAUGAUGAAACAACAAUACAACCUCCAACGAAAUCAUUACGAAGUGUUGGAGGUUAUGAUUCAAAACCAUCUUCACAUCAUAAUAACGAGGAGGCAAACACGAUGGCAGAAAGAGAUGUGGGAUCAACAUUUUUAUUACCCCAUACGCACUUAUAUAAACCAGAUCGCGGAAGCGAUAUAUCUGGGUUCGAUUCACUUUGAAUGGAAGAACAAAUAAUUUAAAUCAAAAGUUUGAAUUAUAGUGAUUGGUUU